GCCAUGCGCGCUCCGCGGGGCCCGGCGCGCUGAGCGGGAAGAUGCUGCUCGGCGCCGGGCGGUAGUACUAUGAUUUGCUAUGCGGCCGCUUUGAUUGCAAGUGUCCUGGGCGCCGCGGGGCUGGCCGCGCAAGGUGCCCACGGCUCAAGGGAGGAACCCGAGUUUGUGACGGCUCGUGCUGGCGAGAGCGUGAUUCUGGGAUGCGACGUGAUCCACCCGCUGACAGGGCAGCCCCCUCCCUAUGUGGUGGAGUGGUUCAAGUUCGGAGUCCCCAUUCCCAUCUUCAUCAAGUUCGGGUUUUACCCUCCCCAUGUGGACCCAGAAUAUGCAGGCCGUGCCAGCCUUCACGACAAGGCAUCUCUGCGCAUCGAGCAAGUUCGCUCUGAGGAUCAGGGCUGGUAUGAGUGCAAAGUGCUCAUGCUGGAUCAGCAGUACGACACCUUCCACAACGGCAGCUGGGUUCACCUCACAGUCAAUGCUCCCCCCACCUUCACGGAAACUCCCCCGCAGUACGUAGAAGCAAAGGAAGGCAGCAGUAUCACUCUGACCUGCAUGGCUUUUGGGAACCCCAAGCCUAUCGUCACCUGGCUGAAAGAAGGGGACCUCUUGGGUGCUGGUGGGAAAUACCAGACUCUCAUCACUCCUAUUGCUGAUGGCCAGGGAAAUUCUUCAUUUGAGGCAGAUGACAAGGCUGAGCAGUCUACAGUGAGCUCAGAGGUAAGCGAUGGGAGUUUGACUGUCAUCUCUGUCAGCCGGGAAGACCGAGGCGCUUACACCUGCCGGGCUUACAGCAUCCAGGGGGAGGCUGUGCAUACCACUCGCCUGCUUGUACAAGGACCCCCGUUCAUCGUUUCCCCUCCAGAGAACAUCACCGUCAACAUCUCCCAGGAUGCACUGUUCACCUGCCAGGCCGAGGCGUAUCCGGGCAACCUGACUUACACUUGGUACUGGGAGGAGGAGAACGUCUACUUUAAGAAUGACCUGAAACUGAGGGUUCGGAUCCUGAUUGAUGGGACUUUGAUCAUCUUUCGCGUCAAACCGGAGGAUUCUGGGAAAUACACCUGCAUCCCUAGCAACAGCCUUGGCCGCUCACCAUCUGCCUUUGCCUACCUGACAGUGCAGUAUCCUGCCCGUGUGGUGAACAUGCCACCCAUCCUUUACGUUCCCAUUGGGAUACAUGGAUACAUCCGCUGUCCAGUUGAGGCAGAGCCACCAGUCACCCUCGUCAAGUGGAACAAAGAUGGACGUCCCCUGCGAAUCGAGAAGUAUUCUGGGUGGAACGUGAUGGAAGAUGGAUCAAUCCGAAUAGAGGAGGCAACGGAGGAAGCUCUCGGCACUUAUACCUGUGUGCCUUAUAACGCCCUGGGUACGAUGGGCCAGUCCCCCCCUGCCCGACUGGUGCUGAAGGACCCACCCUAUUUCACGGUGCUACCAGGCUGGGAGUACAGACAGGAGGCAGGGAGGGAGCUGUUGAUCCCUUGUGCUGCUGCAGGAGACCCCUUUCCUGUCAUCGCCUGGAGAAAGGUAGGGAAGCCCAGUAGAAGCAAGCACAACACUCUUCCAAGUGGCAGCCUACAGUUCCGAUCCCUCAGUAAGGACGACCAUGGGGAGUGGGAGUGUGUCGCUACCAACAUAGUCACAAGCAUUACUGCCAGCACUCAUCUUACAGUCGUAGGCACAAGCCCUCAUGCCCCAAGCAACGUGCGCGUUGUGGUUUCCAUGACCUCUGCCAAUGUCUCCUGGGAGCCCGGCUAUGAUGGCGGAUAUGAGCAGACAUUCUCAGUUUGGUACGGCCCUCUGAUGAAGAGAGCACAGUUUGGACCCCAUGACUGGCUGUCUCUUCCAGUGCCAUCAGGUUCUAGUUGGCUGCUGGUGGAUACCUUAGAACCAGAGACAGCAUACCAGUUCAGUGUCUUGGCUCAGAACAAACUGGGCACGAGCUCCUUCAGUGAGGUGGUCACUGUGAACACUCUAGCAUUCCCUGUAACAACUCCAGAGCCCCUGGUGUUAGUUACCCCACCGAGGUGCCUAACAGCCAAUCGGACACAGCAAGGAGUCCUGUUGUCAUGGCUUCCUCCAGCCAAUCAUAGCUUUCCAAUUGACCAUUACAUCAUGGAGUUCCGUGUAGGGGAGAGAUGGGAAAUACUGGAUGAUGCCAUCCUGGGAAGCGACAGUGACUUUUUUGCCAAGGACUUGUCUCAGGACACCUGGUAUGAGUUCAGAGUUCUGGCUGUCAUGCAGGAUCUCAUCAGCGAGCCCAGUAACAUAGCGGGUGUGUCCAGUACAGAUGUAUUUCCACAGCCUGACCUAACAGAUGAUGGUUUGGCCCGACCGGUGCUGGCUGGCAUUGUUGCCACCAUCUGCUUUUUGGCUGCUGCCAUCCUCUUCAGCACGCUAGCUGCCUGCUUUGUCAACAAACAACGCAAACGCAAACUCAAGCGUAAGAAAGACCCUCCUCUCUCGAUUACCCACUGCAGGAAGAGUCUGGAGUCUCCGUUGUCUUCCGGCAAGGUGAGUCCCGAGAGCAUCCGCACUCUCCGGCCCCCCUCCGAGUCCUCUGACGAUCAAGGCCCACCGGGCAAACGAAUGCUGAGCCCCAGCAAGGAGAAAGAGUUGUCUCUCUACAAGAAGACCAAGAGGGCCAUUAGCAGCAAGAAAUACAGCGUCUCCAAGGCUGAGGCCGAAGCUGAGGCUACCACCCCUAUUGAGCUCAUCAGCCGUGGACCAGAUGGCCGCUUUGUGAUGGACCCCUCCGAGAUGGAGCCCUCGCUCAAGACCCGCCGGAUAGAGGGCUUCCCUUUCGUGGAGGAGACGGACAUGUACCCUGAGUUCCGCCAGUCGGACGAAGAAAAUGAUGACCCCAUGAUGCCCUCAUCUGUAACAGCCCUCAAAUCCCAGCUGACCCCUCUGUCCUCCAGCCAGGAGUCCUACCUUCAGCCACCAGCAUACAGCCCCAGAUUCCAUAGGGGCUUGGAGGGGACAGGUGCCCUAGAGGGUCGCCUGCAGGCCACUGGCCAGACCAGACCACCAGCCCCCAGGGGUUUUCACCACAGCCAGUUUUACGGUUACCUCAGCAGCAGCAGUCCUGGGGAGAUGGACCCUCCACCUUUCUACAUGCCAGAAGUCAGCCCUCUCAGCUCUGUCAUGUCCUCCCCUCCUCUGCACCCUGAGGGGCCCUUCGGACACCCAACGAUCCCCGAGGAGAACGGGGAGAACGCUUCCAACAGCACCUUGCCCCUGACUCAGACGCCCACGGGGGGCCGAUCCCCUGAGCCGUGGGGGAGGGCUGAGUUUCCUUUCAGCGGCCUGGAGGCUUCUCCCAUGAUAUUCCCUCACCAGCUCCAGCAGUGCGACGUGGCCGAGAGUGUACAGCCAAAGGCCUGUCUUCCUAGGGGGCCGCCCCCUUCCUCCCUCCAGGUCCCGGCGUCCUACCCUGGCAUCCUGCCCCUGGAGGCACCAAAGAGUUGGACUGGCAAGUCACCUGGCAGAAGCCAACCCUCUGUGCCCACCACCACCAAAUGGCAGGACAAACCUAUGCAACCUAUGGCAAGUCAAGGGCAGCUAAGACAUACCAGUCAAGGUAUGGGCAUACCCGUGUUGCCUUACCAUGAACCGUCCGAGUCAGUCGGCCACAGCGGCACAAGCACAUUCAGCCUGGACACCAGGUGGUAUGAGCCCCAACCCAGACCUCGGCCAAGCCCUCGGCAAGUCAGGAGGGCUGAGCCCAGUUUACAUCAGGUGGUGCUACAACCUUCGAGGCUUUCCCCUCUGACCCAAAGCCCCCUCAGCUCCCGCAACAGCUCCCCGGAGCUGACCGCACGUGCCAGACCGCGGCCGGGCCUCAUCCAGCAGGCAGAGAUGUCGGAGAUCACCCUGCAGCCCCCCGCAGCGGUCAGCUUCUCCCGCAAGUCCACCCCAUCAACUGGAUCCCCAGCUCAGAGCAGCAGGGGAGGAAGUCCCAGCUAUCGACCUGCUGGGGCCUUCACCUCUUUGGCCACUGGUUUCCCCUCCUCCCAGGGCUCCUCCCUGCCCGUGGACAGCAUGGAUGUUUUUGGAGAAAUUCCCUCUCCGAGGAGGGCUGGGGAGGAGAUUCUCAGACCAGAGCCUACAUCGACAACAUUAUCCACUUCGGGAAAACGUCCAUCUCCAUCCCAGAAUGCUGCUGCACCUGAGAGGCUCGAAGCUCUGAAAUACCAGCGGAUAAAGAAGCCCAAAAAGUCAUCCAAGGGCUCCUCGAAAUCCAAAAAACAAUCCAAUGGUUCUGCCUCCCAGGUUCAGCAACUUCCCAACUCUCAGGUACUGUGGCCUGAUGAAGCUGUCUGCCUCCGCAAGAAGAAGAGACACCCUCGUCAGGACCCUUUCGCCCGCCUCUCAGCGCUGAAGGAUGACCUCUGUCAUCGGCAGCUUCCUGAAGACCAGACAGCUAUUCUCAACAGCGUGGACCAUGACGACUCCAGCGGGCAUGCCACCUUACUUUAGCGUAGUGCCAGCUCAAGAAGGUUCAAAUGGAGGGGGGGAGGGAGCAGAGAUCUCAAGAACUACACACACA